CACUGCGUGCCUCGGACAGCAGCCUGGCCUGUUUCUGCUCACUCCUGAAGGGCCAGUCAGGAUCAAAGCGCCCCAGCAAGAGGCAUGGCUACAAAAUGCGGGAAGUGUGGACCGGGCUACCCUACCCCUCUGGAAGCCAUGAAAGGACCCAGAGAAGAGAUUGUGUACCUGCCCUGUAUCUACAGGAACACGGGCAUCGAGGCCCCGGAUUAUUUGGCCACCGUGGACAUUGACCCCAAGUCCCCCCACUAUUGCCAGGUCAUCCACCGGCUGCCCAUGCCCUACCUGAAGGACGAGCUCCACCACUCAGGGUGGAAUGCCUGCAGCAGCUGCUUCGGGGACAGCACCAAGUCGCGCACCAAGCUGAUGCUGCCCUGCAUCAUGUCCUCCCGCAUCUAUGUGGUGGAUGUGGGCUCUGAUCCCCGUGCCCCGAAGCUACACAAGGUCAUUGAGGCCGAAGACAUCCAUGCCAAGUGUGACCUGGGCUAUGCCCACACCAGCCACUGCCUGGCUAGUGGGGAGGUGAUGAUCAGCACCCUGGGAGACUCCAAGGGCAAUGCCAAAGGGGGGUUCGUGCUGCUGGAUGGAGAGACGUUCGAGGUGAAGGGAACAUGGGAGCGGCCUGGGGGAGCUGCACCUAUGGGCUAUGACUUCUGGUACCAGCCUCGACACAACGUCAUGAUCAGCACCGAAUGGGCGGCUCCCAAUGUCUUUAGAGACGGCUUCAACCCUGCUGAUGUAGAGGCCGGGCUGUACGGAAACCAUUUACACGUGUGGGACUGGCAGCGCCACGAGAUCGUGCAGACCCUGCCUCUGCAGGAUGGGCUCAUCCCCCUGGAGGUCCGCUUCCUGCACAACCCAGAUGCGGCACAGGGCUUCGUGGGCUGCGCCCUCAGCUCCACCAUCCAGCGCUUCUACAAGAACCAGGGAGGCACUUGGUCAGUGGAGAAGGUGAUCCAGGUGCCCACCAAGAAAGUAAAGGGCUGGAUGCUGCCCGAGAUGCCCGGCCUCAUCACCGACAUCCUGCUGUCUCUGGAUGACCGCUUCCUCUACUUCAGCAACUGGCUACACGGGGACCUGCGGCAGUAUGACAUCUCUGACACUCAGAGGCCCCGCCUCGUGGGACAGCUCUUCCUCGGGGGCAGCAUCGUUAAGGGAGGGCCCGUGCAGGUGCUGGAGGACCGGGAGCUAACCUCCCAGCCAGAGCCACUGGUGGUCAAGGGGAAACGGGUGCAUGGAGGCCCGCAGAUGAUCCAGCUGAGCCUGGACGGGAAGCGUCUGUACGUCACCACAUCGCUGUACAGUGGCUGGGACAAGCAGUUCUACCCUGACCUCGUCAGGGAAGGCUCCGUGAUGCUGCAGAUCGAUGUCGACACGAUAAAGGGAGGCCUGAAGUUGAACCCCAACUUCCUGGUGGACUUCGGGAAGGAGCCCCUAGGCCCAGCCCUGGCCCACGAGCUCCGCUACCCCGGGGGUGACUGCAGCUCCGACAUUUGGCUCUGAAGCCCACCCCAGGGUAGCUCCUUUCCACCUCUGAGCCCUCACUUCCUCCAAGACCCGCCCUCGCUCUGCUCCCUCCCGGCCCCCAACACUUUGCAGACUGUCCCACCAAAGCCAAACUGAGGCUGUCGGAAUGUAUUGAGUGGCUGCUUCAUUUACUGACCACCUGUUGCAUGUGGCUCACUUGCUGUUUUUACAUGAACACUUGAAAGUUAUUUUACCAAGAAAUAAACUGCUGAACCUAG